GGGAGGAAGACGGGGAGAAUUUCACAUUUCAGUAUUGAAAUGUUCCACGCUUGAUACAAACGGGAGAUUCUAAAACCCUCCUAAAACCCUCCUAUACAAUACUGGGCAAUGGCCAUGGCCCGAAUAAUUCGACCCUUGCGAAGAGCACUGAUUUCUUCUUCCAAAUCCGUAACUCAGAAAAACCCUAACCCUCUCCAUCUUCAAAGCCCCAUUUCCAUCUUUACUACACGAAGCUACAUCUCCGAAAUGCGCAAAUCGGCCUUCGAAGGCAACAUCCUCAGACUUCUACGCAGCGAAAUCGAAUACGAGCUCGAGCAUUUUACUCCUAAAGAGCCUGUUGUGGAAUACGAUUCAUUUGUUGUUGAGGAACGACCAGGAGAGCAGUGGAUUAGAUUGAAGAAAAAAUUUGGAGAGAAGGAAGAAAUUAAAAUUGAAGUCACCAUGUUUGAUGGGUCUAUUCCUGUUGAGAAAUCCCCUGAUGGUAUUCGCAUUGGACAAGAGGUGGAGCUUCAUAUUACUUUGAUUGUCAAUAUUUCUAAAGGGGAAGGCAGUGAUGUCUUGGAGUUUGUGUGCUCAGCAUGGCCGCAGAGUGUAGAGAUUGUGAAUGUUCUUGUGCACGGGAAAGAUGGGAGGCCUAAUCAGCUCUACAUGAGUCCUAAAUUCAAGGAUUUGGAUGAUGAGCUGCAGGAAUCACUCUAUGAAUUCUUGGAAACAAGGGGUAUAGAUGAUGAUCUUGCCAUUUUUGUGCAUGAAUAUAUGAAGAACAAAGAUAAAACUGAGUUUAUUCGAUGGAUGGGAACUGUCAAGUCUUUUAUAGAACAGAAAUAAAGGGCUUAGUUCUACCAAAUUUUGGCCAAGAUUGGUUGAUAGAUCAUAUGUGCACUGAUUACUUUAAGGUAGCUUGAUAUUCAUUAUUGUUUUUUGGGGUUCAUAUUCAUAUUUCUUUAUCUAUUCCAAGAAGGAGAAGAUUCAAGUGAACAAGAUAUGUAAGCUGAAGGAUCUUAAAUGUCUUUGGAGCUUCCAGUGAUAUUACUGAAAUCUCUUAUAACCCUGCCAACCCAUGCACUUGGAACAGUAGAAAUUUGCUGGCCCACUGUAGGCAGGUUGAAGUCUUCUCAUAUGCCCAUGAAUAACUUUUAGUUCUCUUCACUCUUCAGUACUAAGGUUGUGCUGGUUCAACCUCACAAAAACCAGCAUUUAGUUUUCUCUUUGUUUGUUUUUGCAUGACUGUAUGAGGAAAGAAUAGAGUUUGUA